UUGGGCGGAGAGGGAGGAGAUUGGAAAGAGACUGCAAUAAAAAACCUGUUUAAACCAUUUGAUGUACAUUUAUAGACAUCCAACGCAACUAUUAAUAGUCAAAAACACAACAUCCCACACAUCUUUCAUUUUACACACCUUUCCAUCGCAAUUAUAGCCCCUAUUUUGGUCAUCGUCGUCGUCGUCGUCGUCGUGCAAACCCUCUCAGUAGAAGUGAUACCUUUAAGAGAGGACAACGUGUGAACAACUCUUGUUUUUCUUGUUCUUCUGUGAAAACAAAGGAUUUUAUUUGUUUUAAAAAACUUUUUAAUCUCCAGAGAUAUUGACACAGAUUUUAAAGUUUUAAAAAUAUAUAUUUAUUUGACUUAUUUAGGGAACAGUUAGUUGUUUUGUUAGUUUGUUUGUCUAUUUAAUAAUAGUCAUGGAUGACAGUGCAGCGUAUUCAAGAAACAGCAGUGCAUUGACGGCCGACACCGACGACCUAAUUGUUGGCGACCGGGUUUGGGUUAACGGCAAAAAACCCGGUUAUGUACAGUUCAUCGGUGAGACCAAGUUUGCCAAAGGAGAGUGGGCUGGCAUUGUCUUAGAUAGUUAUAACGGGAAAAACGACGGAACCAUUAAUGGCGUCCGUUAUUUCCAAUGCGAACCGUUUCGCGGACUAUUCUGUCGACUGUAUCGUUUGUCACGCUAUCCGGUGGACACUAACGGCGACCGAUUGUAUUCGUUCGACAAUAAGGACAAAAGCAAACUGACCCGAACAGUGCGUUCGCAGUCACCCGACGGCAAAAUCAGAUCGACAACCACUGAAUAUGUUAAUAAACCGGUUCCUCAUUAUGCUCUGCCGACUCGUGGUCCGGCCAAACUGGUAACCGAAGUGACAACAAUGACUACGUCCGACGAUCCAAACAAUAAUAUCCGAAUCGGCGACAGAGUGGUAGUCAAUACCAAGGAAACAGGCGUACAGUCGGGUCGGGUUCGCUAUAUCGGACGGACACAGUUUUCAAGCGGAAUAUGGGUUGGACUCGAACUUAACGAACCAAACGGUAAAAAUGAUGGAUCAGUUGCCGGUAGAAGAUAUUUUAUUUGUCCCAAACGCUACGGUUUAUUUGCACCAAUUGAUAAAGUAGUUAAAGGAGAGGCUGUCCGCACAAUUACUAAAACCCGGUUCCUAAACACAACCACUUCCACCACUGAUAAACCUGUAUGGAAAAGCACACGGUUUCAGACCAAUUACUAGAAAUUAGACUUAAAAAAAAUUUUUGAAGACAUUUUGAAGAAGAAAAAGAUACAUUACUACACAAAAUAAAAACAACAUCAACAACAACAACAACAAAAUGGUUUGGUAUUACACCAUGGAUUACACAAAUAAUUAUUAAAAAAAAGUCAUUUAUAAACACACACACAAAU